GCCUAACCCAAUGUGUGGAUUGAUGCCUCUCAAAGACCAGGAUUUUUUCCAGGAAAUCUUCAGUCACAUAAAAGCUAAGAAACACAGCUCAUUGUUCCAGAAAACUGUUGAUGAAAUGGUGGAUGAACUGAAUGUCCAGGCUGAAACAUUCAUGGCAUCACUUCAGAGAGUGGAAUCCACACAACAUCUAAACCUCAAGGAGUUGAAGAAAGAGCUGAAACAGACAAUACUGGGUAUUGCACAGAGGCUUCUCCUCCUGGCUCCAAUUAAAGAAUCUUGGGAAAAAACCAUGGAAAGGCUGGAACAAGUCUGUGCCGAAUGCCAGCGACAUUGCUUCAACACUGAACACAAUUUGGUCAACGCGAUAAGAGAGUUGGAACUUCAGAAGAUUCUCAGAGAAGAGGCUGAAGAAAGAGCUGCUAAUGCAAUUCAAAGUGCAGAGGAAGCAAAGGCCAAGGUAAAGGAAGCCAUUACAGCCAGAACCCUUGAAAGCAAGAAAGUUAAAAAAGCAUUGGAAGACAUGGCUGCAGCUGAUGAAGAGUUAACCAGGGCUAAAACUGCUGCCGUGGAAACUGAAGGAAAGUUACUAGAGUCCAACAAAACAAUAGCUGAGAUGAAAGAAAAAUUAUCUUCAUCAGAGUUUGCAUUGUUUCAGCUCCAGCAGAAAGUCAGUGAGGACAAUGAAAGGACAAAAGAAGCUAAGGAGAAGAUGGUGUUGGCCUUGGAAAUAGCAGACAAGAGAGUGAAGGCCUUUGAGGUAAAGACCCGAGAGUUGGAGAAGAAGAUAGAGGAGGCCGAGCAAGCAGUGGCUGUUGCUGAAAUGAAAGCCGCAGCAGAAGAAGAAAGAGCCACUGGGUUCCUGGCAGAGCUGGAAAGGUUCAAAGAGGAAACUGAGAUGGUGAAGGAACAUGCCAGGGAGAACCUGCUGGAAUCCUCUAAGAAAAUGUCUGCAAUGGAAGAUAGAGUAGCCGAGAUUACAGAGAUGUUGGCUGCAGUACAACAUAAGGCUUCGUCAGCU